AUGUCGGCCACCAAUGUGCUCGGCAACACAUUGAGAACUUCGAAAAGUGUAGUUCAAAAAGCCUUGGCUUCAUCUGCUCCAAGUUCUGAAAUGCUCCGUUUCCGUUCACCAGUUUUGCAAACCAACACUCAAAAAUUGGCUCGCUACGGUGGUCGUCAUAAUGUGACUGUUUUGCCAGGAGAUGGAAUUGGUCCAGAAAUGAUUCAUCAUGUUGAACGAAUUCUCACCGCUGUUCAAGUAUGGUUUGAAUUUUCAAAAGAUUCGUAUUCAACAAGAUUUUUCCAGGCACCAAUUGAUUUCGAAUUAGUCAAUUUGACAUCAAAAGAAGAUGCUGCUGAAGAUCUUGAAGAAGCCAUCACUGCAAUCAAAAGAAAUGGAGUUGCACUUAAAGGAAAUAUCGAGACCAAAUUCGAUAAUCCAGUAUUUGUCUCCCGAAAUAUGGAACUUCGUAGACAAUUGAACUUGUAUGCCAAUGUUUUGCAUUGUGCCACAAUUCCAACUAUUCCAAGCAGACAUACUGUAUGUUUGAUUAUUUCAUAAAUUUCGAAUUUCAAAAAAAAAAGAACUCAUAUUUUUCAGGGAAUCGAUAUGGUUAUCAUUCGUGAAAACACUGAAGGAGAAUAUUCAGGAAAUGAACAUGAAACUUGUGCAUCUCCAGCUCCACGUGUUGUUGAAUCACUCAAAGUUAUCACUCGUGAAAAAUGCGAGCAAAUUACUCGCUUCGCAUUCCAAUUCGCAAAGAAACACGGACGUAGAAAGGUCACCGCAGUUCACAAGGCAAACAUUCAAAAACUUGGAGAUGGUCUUUUCUUGAAAAUCGCUACUGAUAUUGCCAAAAGUGAAUAUCCAGAUAUUGAAUACAAUGCGAUGAUUGUAGAUAACGCAUCUAUGCAAUUGGUAAAUAUUUUGAUUUUUAAAUUAAAGACUAUGAAUAAAAUUUUCAGGUUUCCCGCCCACAACAAUUCGAUGUUAUGCUUAUGCCAAAUUUGUACGGUAACAUUAUUUCAAAUAUUGCAUGUGGUUUAGUUGGAGGUCCAGGACUUGUUUCUGGAAUGAAUAUUGGAGAUGAUUACGCUGUAUUUGAAACUGUAAGUUAUUUUUUAUCAAGGCUUCGUGUUUAAAAUUGAAUUUUAUAAUUUUCUCUAUUUUUGUAUUUCAUACAAAUUUAGGCAAGGUUCUGAAAAAAAAAUUCAAAUAUUUUUUUAGGGAACCCGUAACACUGGAACCAGCCUCGCUGGAAAAGAUUUGGCCAAUCCAACCGCAUUCAUCCGCGCUUCUGUUGACAUGUUGCGUUUCCUCGGACUCCAAUCUCAUGCUGAUAUCAUUUCCGAUUCAUUGUUCAGAUCUCUUGUCGAUAAACGAAUUCAUACUCCAGACAUCGGAGGAACACACAAGGUUUGUCUUUUGUUUUGAAUAAUCAACAAAAAAUAAUAUUUUCCAGUCUUCUGAAUUGGUUGCCAGUGUCAUCGAAUUCAUUGACAAAGAACUUGAACAUCGCAACUUCCAAGUUUAA